AUGGUCCGGACAACUUGGGGCGGCGUAAUUCGAUUCUUGCCGGCAAUGAUGGUACUUCCAGUGUGGUUGACCAUCGCACUUCGAGAAAAAGUACUUUUGGACUCCUUUCGUUCCUAUUAUCCUUUGAGUGUGGCCAUGAUAUUCGGUUCCAUGAUUGCUGGAUCGACUCCUUUGGGAGGAGGAGUUGUUGCCUUUCCCAUCAGUGUCCUUGUGAUUGGAUUCUCUCCUUCCCAAGGACGAGACUUCAGCCUCAUGAUUCAAUCGAUAGGCAUGACUUCCGCAAGUUUUCUCAUUGUGAUGAACAAACCCACUCUGCUGGUUAAAUACGGGGAAUUAUUGGCCAAGACGGUGUUAUUCAAUUUGGUGGGGUUGAUUGCUGGCAUGUUUUGGACUAUCUCCCCCUUCGCGGUAAUGUGUCUGUACACAACAGCAGUUGCAGCAUUUGCUCUGAUUCUGGCAUACGUAGAAACUUGCUUACAUCACAAUAUUUCCGGCAUGCCACCAAAAGAACAAUUAACUAGAACUUCUUUUGACAUGAGUGUCGACGACGAUAGGGGCGACAUGGAAAUUCAAACCAAGGACACACUAGUGGAAGAAAAGAGCAACCACUCCAAUCUAUCCAUUUGCUGUGACACCACCGGCAUGGUUUUGUUGGGCAUCUUGGGAGGACUGAUAUCCUCUCAAAUAGGGACAGGAGCAGAUAUCACUUGGUUCGCUUAUGGGUCUUUGGUAUACAACUACAGAAUGGGCUGCAUAGACAGAAUGAACGGCAACGAACUGACGGCUUCCUCUAUCAUUGUGAUGACGACAACAAGCAUAUUCGGGAGUAUCCUCCGAGCGACUUCUACAGGGUCAGAUGCUCCAACGAUAGAAGUCUAUCAAGCCCUCAUUUCUUGCGCUUGCAUAGUUGUUCUUGGAGCUCCGCUAGGGUCCUUGUUUCUCUCUGCCGAGUACGAACGGCGGCUCAAGGGACUGUUUUACAUCCUUUCCUUUGUACAACUAGCUACAUUUGGCAUCAUCAAGAUUCGAGACAAUGUACUUGCCUGGAUUAUUGUGAGCGGCGUUCUUGGCUGGAUCCUCGUAGUCAUUGCCAUUGCGGAUUGGUUCAUAUUUCAAACCGAAAGUGGACUGCGAAGGCUGGUGGCUGCCAGCCACAACCGUGACAAAUGA